GCGUCAGAAACACACACACAAACAGGGCCCCGCUGGUUCAAGUGAGGAUAGGGACCGUCCCGAGCUGAACUCAACGUUACAAAUAGGAGCUGCGGCAUUCCAAGUGGAGCAGAGUGGAGGUGCGCCACACCGAUGAUAAUAUUAAGUAACAGGGCUGAGUGGAUCCGCAGCAUUAAACCAGAGAGGGAGACAGAGGAAAGCGCUUCUUCCUUAACCCGACAGAAAGACGUUAAGAAAGAAGGACGAGUCAUGCGCACCGGCGGAGAAAACUGAUCAUUCUUCAGAGGUGGCACUAUUUCUGCAUCCUUUCCUCCCGGAGACCCUGAAAGUCUAGCGAACACUCAGCACCACACAGCGGUCCUCUCCACUCUCAGCAGUGACGAACAGCUCAUUCGGCCCCCUAACAGGCGUGAUGUUUGAGGAGGAGGCCCAGCAGAUGAGGGGGCAGCAGGACGUAGCUGUGCUCCAGGCGCUGGAGUCACAUGCAACAGUGACUCCAGGCGCAGGUGGAGGGGGAGCAGGGCCUCUGUCUUUUACAGAUGAAGCUGUGUCCAUCUUGACCUCCAGCAGCCUGUUGGCCCGCUCCCUCCUAGGUCGCACCUCUGCCAUUAAACGCAAAGAGAGUCCCACCUCCAGCAUCCGACGCAAGCGAGAGUUCAUCCCCCAUGACAAAAAGGAUGAGGGCUACUGGGACAAGAGGAGGAAGAACAACGAGGCGGCGAAGCGCUCGCGAGAAAAGCGGCGGGUGAAUGAUAUGGUCCUGGAAAGUCGUGUCCUCGCUCUGCUGGAGGAAAACGCUCGUCUCAGGGCAGAGCUCCUGGCUCUGAAGUUCCGCUUCGGCCUGGUCAAAGACCCCUCCAAUGCCCCUAUCUUGCCUCUGACUUCAGCUCCUCAGCACAAUGCUCAAACCUUGACUCCUCACUAUUAUCUCCACAGUGGAGAAGGAGGCCUCCCCAGUUCCUCAGCCUCACAUCCCAGCAACCACACAGGCCAGCUGAGCACCCGGGGGUCCAGGGAUGUUGGUAACAUGUCAGAGGAUUCUGGAUUCUCUACACCAGGUGGGUCCAGCGUGGGCAGCCCGAUCUUCUUUGAAGACCGGCUGAGCGAUCAUGGGAAAUUAUCACCACACAGGGCAGAGGAGCUGGGCUAUGACCUCCACCACUCUCCUGCUGAUGUCCACCACACUGCAGGACUCGUCGGAGGGAAGCUGGACCAAGCUGAGGCGAUGAAAAACCUGCCUCACAAGCUGCGCUUCAAGACGCCGGGAAGUGGCGAGGGGCCAGAUGCCGCGGGUGACAACAGCAGUGCCAGACGCAGCCCCACGUUAUCUGCAGUGGGACGGGAAGGUCCGAGAGAGACCGUCAAAGGACUGAGUGGAGGUGAAACAGGAGCAGGGCACUGUGCUGGCCCCUGGCUCCAGCAGCUGGAGGGGGAGGAGGGCAGAAGGGGGAGACUGUCCCCUCAAUACAGCACCUCAGCUGCCAGCUACAGCCUCCAGCCUCCUCCCACACAAGGACAAAGUGAGGUCCAGUAUCAGCAUGAGAACACUCACCUGAAGUCUCAGCUCAACUCUCUCAGUGAAGAGGUGGCUCAGCUGAAGAAGCUUUUCACAGAACAACUCAUGGCCAAAGUCAACUGAGGGCGAAUGCUGUGAGUCAGUCAGUGGUUGCCAACGUCUAGACUUUUAAGGACAGAAUUUUACUGUAAGUGAGCCCAUUGAAAUUCAGCAUGAAACCAGGAGUGCUGGACCACGCAGAUAUUCACAAAGACUGAUGAAAUUCAACUUUCAAGCCUAACAGUGUGUUGUUUUUAUUUCAUGUAUUGUACUAUAUUGUAAUAAAUGUCUGUAAACAUUCAUCUCAUAAUCUGCUGUCUAAUAACAACUUAAUCUCAGCUCCAAUCAAUGUUGCUCAGACAGGGAGUCUUAACUGUAACAGUGUUAAGUGUAUAAUAGAUUUUCAACUCCAUACACUGUGAUAACUAAAAACACACAACAGAAAACUGUUUACAUCACAUCAUUAACAUGCAAGCUUAACUAAAACGGCCUCACUCCCUUUUGAGACAACAGGUUCUGGUGGUUCAGAAGCUGCAUUUAAUACAACUGGAAAUCAGCCAGUGGGUUGUUAACACACCACAAUGGAGGAAGUGUUUGCUGUUUUGUAAUUAUAGCGGUAUGACUUACUGAACAGGGUUCCUACUGCCGAGACAGGUCUGCUAAAAACCUGUAAACACAAGCAGAGACAGACAGUAAAUAUACACAGAAAUGGAAUUAUUAGCUGUCAAAACCUCCCAGGUCUAGCAGGAUGAAAGAAAGGUUUGUGAGGCUUGUUUAUUGUCGCUUGUUAUGUGUGAACUGUAUAAUGUCAUGUCAAAAGAGUGUUUGAUUUUUAUUUCAGGAGCUCCUGUUAGGAAACACGCUGUAACAUGUAUUGUUUCACAUCCCCUGUCAGUCUCUGUUCAUGCCCAGUUUGAACAUGUUUUAUCUGUACUGAGGUGAUGACAUGAAUUAAACGUCUGCUGUCUCUCUGUAUGUUUUCAUAUUAAAAAUAAAUACAUUUGACAGAUUCUG